CGCAGCUGUCUAAUCCACAGUACAUCAUCUGCUCGUCGACCUACCCGGUACAGCCAUGGCCUCUCUGUUCACCGUAUUGGCGAUUGCCAGCGUCCUCGCCACAACCACCCAGUCACUACCAAGCCCCAGGAAUUCGCUGCGCCCAUGGUUCAACCCGCUGUUGCGCUCUUCGGGCCGGAUCGUCGGAGGUUACGAGGUGGACAUUGCUGACGUGCCAUUCCAAGUGUCACUUCAGCAUGGUUUUGGACACUUUUGCGGAGGAUCUAUCAUCAGCAGCACUUGGGUGCUGACGGCUGGACACUGUACCGGUAGUACCGACGAUCCGCAGAUGAGUGUACGCGUCGGAACAACUCUGCACACAUUCGGUGGAGAACUGGUACCGGUUAAGCGUGUCAUUCGGCACCCGGCGUACGAUCACGGUACUGUCGAUUACGACUUUGCUCUGAUGGAGUUGCAAGAGGAACUGGAUUUAGAGAAAGGCGUCUACGCUGUUGAACUGCCGGAACAGGACGAACCAGUGGAAGACGGCACUUGCCUACAGGUUUCCGGAUGGGGUGAUACCCAAAACGUGUUUGAGGACGGUGUGGGACUCAGAGCCGCUUACGUGCCUUCAGUUAAUCAGGAGAAGUGUACCGAAGCGUAUAGUUCGUUCGGAGAGAUUACCCCGCGGAUGUUGUGCGCUGGUUUCGACAAGGGAGGUAAGGACGCUUGCCAAGGUGACUCCGGUGGCCCACUGGUCGAGGGAAACAAACUGGUCGGUGUGGUGUCCUGGGGUAAGGGCUGUGCCGAAGAAGGAUAUCCCGGUGUUUACUCUCGGGUGGCCACAGUUCGCGAGUGGAUCAAGGAGACCAGUGGAGUGUAGGGAAGGAACUCUAAAAUCAAAAUGGAUCAAUUUAUUCUAAUAAAAUGAGAUCACGAUCCAAUGUCUUUCGGAAACUA